UUACACAUUAGGCUUUUUCGGCGACCACCAAGGCAAGACAGCCACGAUUUCUCUUCUGUUAUUUACCAUUCGUAUCUAUAUUCAACUUUUCUAACCACUUGUAGGUGUACGCAACCACAUAUAUUUACAGAUAUUGACAUUCCGCCACAUCAAGAUUGAUGAGGAAGUCUGCAGAUCUGUUUGUAUACAAUGUCGCUCUAUGAUGGAUUGGGAGUGGAUACAGGACCAUCAAAGAAGGACAGCUCUGCUGGUGACAAAAAGGGCGAUGUGUCUGGAUGGUCAGCGGGUAUCAAGAUGAUGCAGUCGCAUCUUCGCAUGAAGAAAGCUGCUCUAACUGAAGCCCAGCGCAAGAUGAAACAGCCAUCCGGCCGUCCAGUCCUUGACCCAAAGAAAGUACCAGCACCUGGUCUUGGUUCUAGUACUGCACCUGCAAGUAGUUCCAGGUCAAGUGGGGAUGUAAGCGGAAGGGAUGUAGGAGGAAGGGAUGUCGGUGGAAGGGAUGCAGGAGGAAGGGAUGUUGGUGGAAGGGAUAUCGGUGGAAGAGAUGUUGGUGGAAGUACUGGACUAUUGGAUGAUCAUCCCAGGUUCAGACCGUCAAAUCUACCACCACCGUCAAGACCAUCAUCUUCAUCUUCACCAAGAUUGGCUCCUUAUUUGCCAUCAAGUAGCCUUGGUUCAGAUGGUGAAAAUGAGUAUGAUCCAGCUUAUCCAAAUGAAUAUGAGAAGGUUGCAAAGAAAUUACGAGAGAAGAGGGAAAGGGAGAGGGAUGAGCAAGAUAAAAGAGAACGAGAAGAAAGGAGGAGACGUCGUGAAAAAGAUCGUGAACGAGACCGAGAAAAGGACCGUGACCGCGAUAGGGAACGCCGUGAUCGUGACCGCGAUCGAGAAAGAGAUCGAGAAAGAGAACCACAAGGAUUUUCCAGACGUCCAGUCAUGGAGGAUGAUGAGGAUGACAGAGACAGAGAGAGGAGAAGAAACACUGCACAGCGAGCUGCUAUUGCCCCUCCUUCCUCACUGAUCAAUGAAGAUUCCCAGUCUAAAGAUGAUGGAUUUGCAGCUCCUCUACCCCCUGCAAGAGAUAGGCCUUAUGCAGACAUGAAGAGAAAGAACCACGACCAUGAUGAUCUUGAGGGUGCUAAGACACCCCCUAGGAUCAGUGAAUUUGCCCCGCCUCAAGAGCAGAAUACAUUUGUCAAGCCUCCGACACCGAAAGCAAACUUUCAGGUCCCAGUAGGGCUGGGUGUUGACUCAGUGGCAAUGAAAAUCAUGGCUAAGUAUGGCUUCAAGGAAGGAGCAGGGUUAGGCAAGUCAGAACAGGGAAUCAGUACAGCAUUACAGGUGGAGAAGACAAGUAGGAGAGGAGGAAAGAUCAUCAAUAAAGACAAAGAAAUACAAGAGCAAGUUGUGAUGCCACCUCCACCAAUGCCUCCUCCAGCAUUUCCACCUCCAGCAUUUCCACCAGCAGCCCCAAAGACAGGACCAGCACCCAUCACAGAUGUUCUCAGGAAUCCUACCAAGAUCCUUCUUCUUACAAAUAUGGUAGGUCCCGGUGAGGUAGAUGAUGAUCUACAGCCAGAGACAGCCGAGGAAUGUUCCAAGUAUGGAGAGGUUGUCAAGGUCCUCAUCUAUGAAGAUCCCCUCAAAGUUGCCACUGAAGCUGUAAGGAUAUUUGUAGAAUUCACACGGGUGGAAGCAGCAGUAAAAGCUGUGGUGGAUUUGAACGGCCGUUUCUUUGGCGGUAGGAUUGUGAAGGGAUCCUUCUACGAUCCGCAAAAGUUUGGGAAGUUUGAACUCACAGCAUGAGCCUGUUUAAAUGGUGAAGAAGCAGCUGGCCGGACCAGUGACGGUCAAGAAUCCCAAAGCAUCUUCCACGACUAGGACUGACCAUCAAAUCUAUGCUACCUAUUAACACAUCCCCCUUUUGGGACUGCUCUCAGAUCAUGUUUUAUUUAAUUAUUUGAUUAAUUAUUUUCAUGUAUCAGGCAUAAAUGUUCAUUUCUAUUUCCUUCUUUUCUAAGCGCAUAGGGACUUUCUUUGUGUUCCUAUGGGCUAUACAAAAAUAGUUAAUUAUUAUUAUUAUCAUUAUUAUUAUUUCCUAGUAAAAAAUAUGUGAUCUUUAUGGAUGAUAUACAUGUAUAACACCAUUUUAACGAGAUUCCAUUGUAAUGGGAUGGUUGAUUGGACCAUCUUACAGCUGUUUUGCAUUUGCUUAGCAGAGUUUGAAACCAAAAAAUUGUCUUAACAAUAAAAGAGUUUUUAGGCCAUAAAAACUAGUCAUAAUAUAGUGAAACAGAAAGCCAUUUCAGUCUAUUGAUGUUUAAAAUUAGUUCUGAAGUUUAUUUUCAUGGUAACAUAAUAUUGAUGAUUUAUUAAAUAAGUAUAAGAGAAACAAUUCACAAUCAUUGCUAUUUUGAUAUUUACUUAUAUACAAAGAAGAACUGUUUGCAAAAUAUAGAUCCUAAAACUGGUGUGUAGGUACUUGUAUUCAUGAAAAUGUGAGGUUAUUACACACUAGAACAGAAAUGAAGGCUCAAAGAACUUUCAAUUUGUAUUUUCUUGAUCAUGAUGAUCAUUUCUACAGUGUAUUUUGUGAUUAUUUGCUACUUUAAAGAUGUACAUGUAUUCUAGGAAUUAAAGAAAUUAAAGCAGAUUUAUCAUGGUUUACUCUUUAACAAAAACUACACGUACUGCAGUAAGGUACAUGUAGUUCCAUGUUACAGAGGUGCUUGAUACUGAAAAAAUAUAUCUCUAUGGAAUAGUUCAAUUUGGAUUAAAUCAUCUUAUUUUCAAGUUUUUUUGUGCAAGGGUAUUACGUGUACAUUGAUUCAAUUGUAUCAUCAUUCUCUGGUAACAAGUAUCAUGAAUAAUUCGAGACUGGUCAUGUUGAUGAAUGUGUACAUAAAGUGUCAUGUAAAUAAAUGUGAAGAAAUAAAUCUCAA